CAGGCCUGUGUCUUGGCCUUCCAGCAUCUCACUUCGGAGCUCCUUUGAGUCCUGGCUAGCUCACACGCAGCAGGGAACCUCUUCAGGGCAAGAUUCGACGGCGUUGUACCUCCUCCCCAGCGGUAUCAUCGCUCCCACAGACAUCAUCCGGUGCGGUCACGCAGGAUCUGAUGUACGCAGACUUCUGAGUCUUUAACCUUUUGGCUCCGAACGGCAGGAUCGAGAUAUAGCUAAGUAACAGAUCUGUGGCGAUACAACCGCCAAUUGGAAAGCAUUGUCGCAUUGCAGGCCGGUUCACCGUGACUCUUUUGGGCUCGCGCUCAAAUAGAAAGUCCGCUGAAGUUAGUUCCAUAAACACCCACACUACUGCAGCCUUCUCUUGCCUGUUCCCGAUCAUCCGCAAGACCCCGCCCACCUAGCCCGCGACUGCUCAGCGCGUGGGCGCGUACUCCUCUCAAGGAGAUUCUAUAUCCUCAAUUUACCCCUUCACUUGCUCAGCUCGUGAGUCCUGACAAGAAGCUGCGAUGGCCACCCCAGGAGACCCCGCCUUGUUGCGGUCCCUCAGCCAGGUGCAGGCUGUCUCUGCCCUAAUCCUCGUCGAAAACUCCGAGCCUAUGGUUUCCUUGUGGCCGGAGCUUCAGAAUGACUAUCUGCCGUCUAUGUUGGCCGCUAUACGUGUAGCACACCCUAUAACACCGAUACGCGUGAUGAUGCUGCAUAGUGGGCUUGUUACUGACCACUCCACAACCUCCCCGACUUCUCACAUCAACUUCAACGAGGUGCCGAAUAUAACCUUCAACUUAGAUCCUAGCAACCGGAUUACGCCUCAGAGUGUGAGGCGUGCAAUUGAGCUCCUUUCUACGCCAGCUCAGCACAGUCAGACUAGCCGUCACCUCAUCAUCGCGGCGGCUUCCAAUCCCAGUAACGGCCCUCCAGGUCGCGCUGGAGCUUCGGAAUGGCAGCUCCUUGGCCAGCGACUCGCCGAGCAUGGAAUCCAAUGCCACGUCAUUAGCAACAUGGUGCCGUGCAGCAUUGGGUUUUCCCAGCUUUUCUUCAUGAACCUACGGCUCCAGAAUCACCAGAAAGUUGAGCCGUGGUUCCAUGUCGAUCAUACGCGGUACACGUUCCUUUUGUCAUCUUCCAACUUUGGGCAGCAUAGCGCGAUGCCCAUCUCCCUGACUUCCCAAGGACUCGGAAAUGCCCCAUCGUCUGCCAGGUCAGGCGCUCAUCCGCUCCAAAUCCAGUCGACCCUGCCGUCAGCCUCCCGCUCACCUUCGCCGCCUUACGAAGAACCGAUCCCAUCUCUCGUUAAGGAACUUCAGAAAGUGCAUGGCAUCUCCAAGAAAAAGGUUCACAGGUCGUCUAGUAAAUCCAAGGCGGCCUCAACAUCUCGAGGCGCUCGCGAGAGGUAUCGCAGUGAUGUACCUUCACUCACGGUACCGUCCAGCGUCCCGUCUGCAAGCAGUGCUCCUCCCCCGGAGACGGACCGGUCCAAUCGAUCUCUGGCUGAUCGGCGCAAACGAUCGCGGCACGACAACCACGCUGCCUCUGAUCAGCCAACUAGGGCCGUCACCAUGCCCCAAGGUCAAGGGGCCGAGCGGGUGCACCAAUCACCCGGAACUGAGUCCUCGCCGUCGUGCAGCUCCGCGACUUUGUCUCCUGGCUCGUCCGGGUCCCGCACGACGUCCUCCCCAGCUGUUCCUAUUCAACUCGACUCCACCUAUUAUGUGGCAGCCCCACAUUUGACUAGUCAGGCUACGACAACGUCCAUCGAUAACCGGGCUUACGCCCAGCAGCCGCCCGUCGCACCGUCUCUGGCCUCUUCGAGCCUCGCCUCAGCCUUGGGGCCCCUGCCAGCGGUACUAUCGCCUACCGCUACCGUGCCUGUCACCUCAGCAGGUACCGACACGACCACUCCUGCAGGGUCGUACGCGCAAUGGGAUUCCUCCGUGCCAUUCGAACCGUCGGCACCGUCAAGCUCAAUGGGUGCUAUGUCUGGGAAAUACCGGCUCGAUAGCAUGGUGGCACCGUCGCAUAGCACUGCCUCUCGAGCCGCAGACUCCGGAGACGUCCCCUUUCUCCUGUCGCCAGAGUACGAGGCUGAGACGGCAGCCAAGCUUCAAGCGGCACUCGCGUCAUCACAUCCGCCUCCCAUUGGCACGGGCUCAAACGACGUUACGUUAACGACGUCAACGGCGACCACAAGUGUGACGCGAGAAUAUACCACCACCACACCAGCACCCGGAUUUGUCGAAGCGCAAAGUGGAGCUUACGCGCAUGUGCCUCCCCAUACCCAAGGCCGCGGCUACCCGCCGCUGGAGUUCGAGGAUAUGCCCGUGAUUCCAGCGUAUACGUAUAUCCAACCAACCCCUAUUGAUCUGCCCGGAUCCUACGGCCCAUACGGGACCCACAGCGGCGAGGGCCUCGCAGGUGACGACUUCGCGGACUCCGAGCAGUACUGCGACAACGUGGACGCAGCCUACCCGGUCGCACCGCGGUCGAUGACGGCGUUCGGCCCCACUAGUUCCUCCCUGCACGGCUGGGCGGGCUAAUCCCGUCCUUUUCGCCGACCUAAAACUCUGACGCCACAUGUCCUCAUCUCCAUGCGGCUAAUGCGUACCCGCUGACACUCUCCGCAGGACGCGAGAAUAAUGCUACGAUUAUGAACGACGGAAAAGAAGAGAAGCCCGCCCGCCCGUGUUGUCCCACCACCCACGACAUUUCCACGUUUUUUUCUUCUGCUGCCGUCGCUGGGCUGGCUGAUUACGUCUUCCUUCGUUCGGGCUCUGUCUGUAUCCAAACUUUUCCUCCACCCGCCCUAUGACGGCUUCGGGAUCUGUCAUCGUCGUGUAUCAUUGUGUAUGCUUUUUUGUUUUUGCUUGCUUCUAGUUAACCUUGGAAUUCUUCUUCUUCAUUUCUGACGUGGCAUGCUGUCUUUCGGCGGGGAUCAUUCGUGCACGGGACUUUGUAGACACGGACGUAUGAUAUCAUCGCAUCACAUAUCUCCUCUAAUCUCCGAGCAUACCGAAGUACUGCUGUGCGAUUUUUUGUUAUCUUUCCUUUCGCGGCGCUCUCGCGUUCUCUUCCUUGCGUUACCAUCCUCUCAUGCUAUGCGCUUAUGCUGUGAUGUAUGUACGUUACUCAUGUACGCACAAUCUCCAUCCCCCACACUGGGCCCUGUACCUCCC